AUCAUUUCCCGCUUGCUCCUUACCGUACUUCGAUAACCCGACACGCUAAUUUCGAGGAAUGACUGAAUUGUGUAUCAGCCGGUGCGAUGUUUUGCCUCAUCUGACGGCAGAUUUUGGUACUUGGUGCGAUGCGUCAUGUUUAUGUCGGUAUGGCAAUCGGUUUUUGAACAGUGUUGAUGAGUUACUGUGCGACUCCGCGGGAGUGGAGCUCUUCAAUCGCUUUCUCUCGUCUAAAUUUUGCCUUGGUCAUUUGCUCGACUUUUGGUUCGCAUGCAAGGGAUUUCGCUGUAGUCGCAAAGGUCAUUUACAGGGCUUAUAUCAAAUCUGGAGCUCUUUUCGAGGUACCGUUGCCUGAACGAGUGAGAGCAGAAAUAAUUACUCGAAUGGCUUUGUAUCACACUGGAUACAAGGUUCGCUACACGGUCUCUCUCGGACCGAUCAAUCGUUCACUUUAUGAUUCCGCUGGAGAAUAUGUAAAGACAACUCUUGAACAAGUUUACUAUCCUGCCUUUCAAAAAUUUAUUACUGAUGCUCAUUUUCUGCUGGGUUGCCCUAAGGAAGAUUCGUCCAGUCCGGAUCUGUCCCGUGCACCUUCAACUUACGCCUCAUCUGCGCUCCAUGUUCCUGCAAACUUCAGCGCGGACAUACAAGCUCCAAUACGUGAACUAAAAGCAGAAGUAAAUCCUUUGAGGCACUGCUUUACGGAUUGCACUCUUAUUGUGCGACUACCUAGACUGUAUGCCAGUCUAUGGACGCUGCUUCAUGAGCUCACUUCGUCGAACGAGGUCCGUCUGCGCUGA